GGAACACCUCCUGUAUGGCCAGAACAGUGCCUACCAGAACAUCGCACACUACCGCCCUAUUUCCAACAUCUCCAGAAGCUCCCUGGGCCUGUCCUAUUAUCCCACAUCCUCCUCCACCUCGAGUGUGUCCUCGUCUUCAUCUUCGGCCCCUUCAUGGCUCACCCGCCGAGCCAUCCGGCCUGAAAAGCAGGCCCCUGGGGCUGCCGGCCUGGGCCAGGAUCGCCAGGUCCCGCUCUGGGGCCAGGUGCUGCUGUUCCUGGUCUUUGCUGCCUUCCUGCUCUUUGUUUACUACUCCAUGCAGGCCGAGGAUGGCAACCCCUUCUGGGCAGAGCCCUAA